AGAGGCCCGGCGCUUUUGCCGGUGGCGUGGCCCGAUACUGGGCUUCACCGGCCGAUGAUGGCCGGGUCGUCACACGCGACAUCGCAACCCACCUCCACAACCCGAUAAGCCAGGUUUCCCCAGCAUCUUGGGUGGGUCGCCUGGCGAACUGGAGAGCCGUCAGCAGUUCUUAUGAUCUUAAUAUCCCGGCAAUAGCGUCGCUUGCUGCAGUUCGUCGAUCACCGUUCACCCUCACUCCUCAGCUUCGCCUUGCUGACGUUGACGCAACACAAUGGCUUCUCCCAGCGCUGAACGACCCGUCACGGUCGCUGGGGCCCUCGGUCCCAAUGAUGGCGCCUUUUCGUGGCUCAGGAAUCCCGGCAUCGUCAAGCUGAACCUGAUCCUUAUCCUGCCUCUCAUCUCCAGCUAUGCCACUGGAUAUGAUAGCUCGAUGAUGAACGGGUUGCAGUCGUUAGAUACCUGGAAAAACUUCUUCAACGACCCUAGCGCCUCGGAUCUUGGUCUCCUCAAUGCCAUUCAGAAUGUUGGCCAGCUCGUCGCCCUUCCCUUCUGCGCCCUCGCAUGCGACAGGUUCGGCCGUCGACCCGCCCUCGUCUUCAGCGCCUUUAUCCUCCUCAUCGGAGUUGUCAUCCAGGCUGCUGCCCAAAACACCGGCAUGUUCAUCGCCGCUCGCGGCAUCUUGGGUCUCGGCCUUGCCCUCAACAUCACCGCCGCGCCUCUGCUGCUUCUCGAGCUGGCCUACCCGCGCCAGCAGGGUCCCCUUGUCGGCUUCUACAACAGUCUCUGGAGUCUGGGUGGCCUCAGCGCUGCCUGGAUUACCUUUGGAACCUUCCGCAUCAGCAACGACUGGGCGUGGCGUAUUCCCUCUCUGCUUCAGGGCCUGUCCAGCGUCAUCCAGAUUAUGCUGUGCUGGCUUGUCGAGGAGUCUCCACGCUGGCUCAUCUCCAAGGAGCGAGACGCCGAGGCCCGAAAGCUCAUUACCAAGUACCAUGCCAAUGGUGAUGACUCUGACCCUUUGGUCACCCUCGAGAUGGAGGAGAUCCGCACCGCGCUGAUUCUCGAGGCCGAGGCCAGCAAGACAACCUCCUACCUGUCUUUCUUCCAGACCAAGGGCAACCUCCACCGUUUCUUCAUCAUCUUGUCUGUCGGCUUCUUUAGCCAGUGGUCGGGUAACGGCUUGAUUUCGUACUAUUUGAGCCUGAUCCUCACAUCCAUCGGCUACAAGUCUCAAGAAACACAGACGCUUAUCAACGCGCUCCUCACUAUCUGGAGCAUGGUCUGGAGUAUCUUCUUCUCCACCAUCAUCAACCGUUUUGGCCGUCGCACACUAUUCAUGAUCUCUACUGCCGGCCUCUUCAUUGUGUACGUCAUUUGGACAGCACUUCAGGCCACGUAUGACAAACAGGUAGCACGCGAUGGCACUGGCGACAAGGGUCUUGCCAAGGGCGUCCUAGCCAUGAUCUUCCUCUACAACUUCUUCUUCAGCAUCGGCUGGACACCCCUGCAGGUCACCUAUGUCAUCGAAAUCCUACCAUUCAACUUGCGUGCUCGCGGUCUCGUAUUAUACAACCUGUUCGUUGCCCUGGCGCUCAUCUUCAACCAGUACGCAAACCCUGUGGGCGUGACCAACAGCGGAUGGAAAUACUACAUCACAUACGACGUGUGGCUGGUAUUCGAGAUGAUUGUGAUUUAUUUCCUGUUCGUCGAGACCGGAAACCUUAGCUUGGAGGAGACAGCCGCCGUUUUGGACGGGGAUGAAUAUCAGGACAAGCUGGCCGAAGAAACGGCCAUGCACGCUGAGAAGUCGAUGCACAAAGAUGAUGCGACUCCCAGAGAGACUAUCUCGAAGAUUUGAUGGGUUGGUGGUUAGAAUGCGAUGAUUUAGUUCUCAGGAUGGGAUAUAUACGGCCGAGAAUCGUUCAGAUUUUAGUUAAUAUUUUAUUAGAUGUCGCCUACUUGCAUGACUCUAAGCAAGGGUUUCUUGAUUUAUAGCUCAUAAUAUGAUAUUUUAACUUGAAA